AUGAUGCUGGAGCCAGCCGCACGAUCUGAAAACUCAUGCAAGCGGUGCCACCGAAGAAAGAAACGUUGUGACAAGACCCUGCCACAGUGCCACGCGUGUCAACAUGCCAAAGUCGCGUGUAGCUUCCUCGACGACGAAGCUCAAGUAGCUUCAUACCCUAUCGCUUACGUACGGCAGUUAGAACGACGAGUCAAGGACCUUGAGCAGAGACUCGCAUCCGCUCUAACAACCCAAGCAUCCCACAAUGAGCCAUCGGCAUAUGCUUGGGAUCACGAUACAGAAGCUCAUUUGAGUGAUCUGGGCACCGCCUUCUUGCAUUCCGACAGCGUCACAAAUCAUUCCCCCACACUACCAUGCGAUGCGAAUCCGGUUCUAAAUUUCGACCCUUUACCUGUUUCACCCAACAAGACGCGUGUCUCCGCCCCACGAACAGACAGCCUCGCCGAAGAGCUCAGGCUACUCUCGCUAGAAGCCGCAGCCGAACGAUAUCUAGGAUCUUCCUCUGGGUUGUCAUUGGCCAAACUCACUCAGACAGUUCUCCAGCGUUUAUCACCAGAUCAAGAUGGAUUCGUGUUUGAUGGAGAAAGCGACGACAACCAACAGAGCCACGAGUCCGAACCAGAUACAUCCUCAAAUUUGAAUCCAAUAUUUUUCGAAAUGCAUCCUUCAUUAGCCAGUCCGCUACCUUUGAAUUCCUUAUUGGGCAACACCGCCGAGGACUUUGAAGACUCAAUGGCUCUCUCAUUACUGGAUGCUUCGCAUAUCAGCUAUAUUUUGGAAUUUUAUUUUGCUCAUUCUCACACUCUAUACCCGAUGAUUAGGAAAGGCGAAUUCGAGGCUGUAUUGUGGGGAACAUAUGCCGAUCCACUGGAUCCACUUGCUCAGUCUCCACUCUGGCAAUUUAGAAUCUGGAUGGUUUUAGCAAUAGGGUCUACAACUUACUGCUCUGUCUCCUUGAUGGAUGAGACUGAAUCAGUUCAGUUUUUUAACAAGGCGAUGACUUAUUUUGAGUCAGCUAUGGGAUGUGGGGAUUUGGCUGGCCUAGAAGUUUUGAUGCUUCAAGUGUCAUAUUCAUUUUUCAAUAAGAUUGGACCCAACACUUGGUUUUUAGUAGGGGUUGCUGCUCGAAUGGCAACCGGAAUGGGUCUCCAUACAGCAGAAGUAUAUCAAUCCCUGGCUGUAGAUGCAGCAGAGCAACAAAAGCGAAUAUUCUUUUGUCUCUACAUGAUGGACCGCGUUGUGUCAUUAGCGCUUGGUCGCCCUUUCGCAAUCCAGGAUGAUGAUAUUACUGUGGAGCCCUUUUCCGACGUCGACGACGAAAACAUCAAACCGGACGGGAUAACCUCUACGAUAAAUCUCGAGCCAUCCACAAUGGCCGUCCCACUCCACAUCCUAGCACUCAGAAGAAUCGCCAGCGACAUCGGCACUCAGGUCCAUUCUCCAAAAUUUAGCCGACAACAAAGUCCCGAAGCCCGAGAAGAAACGCUCCAAUCCCUCCACAAACGCUUGCUCGACUGGCGUCGCAGCAUGCCAUUCCCUCUGCCAGAUCUUCAAUCAAAGGUCCCGCAUUUGUGUACAAGCUGGUUUGACCUGAACUAUUAUACUCACGUCAUCAUGCUCUACCGUCCCUCCCCUUUGAGCCCCAGCUUGGAUCUUGCGAAAAUGAAGAUCUUGGCUGAGGCGUCAGGGAUGGCAAUACGGCAGGCUAUUAAUAUGCAUAGACAACGUCGUUUUGCGUAUAAUUGGCUAAAUCUUGUGGCUAUCUUUAACUCGGCUUUGUCUCUUAUGUAUACUUCUACUGCCCAGACGGACGACAUUUCGUUGGUUUUGGAUCAUGCGAGGGCGAUUGAUGAUCUGGAGCUGGUUGUUGAACUUCUGGAGGCUUUUUCGACGAAGUUCUCUUCUGCGAAGAAGAUACAGGGGAUGGUUCAGACUGUCUCGGCCAAGCUUAAAGUAUAUAUGGUACCUGCUGUAGGUUAUUGA